GCGAUGAACGGUUAGGCUAUCCUUCCCCUCCCCCAAGCGAUAUCGAAUUGGCGACUUCUGCUGAACCGACGUCUGCUGAAAACGAUGGACCUGUGGAUCAUUCGUUGCCUCGUGAGCUGCCUAUCGACCCAGAUCGACUCGUAGGUCCCCAACUUCGCUCCAUUCUGCGUAACUCUUCUUCCCACUCUCCCAAUAAUAACCCGCCUUCAUCUUCUCGAUCCACAUCGUCAUCCCUGCAUGCUACUUCUGCUAUUACCCCUUCCACCGUUCAUGUAUCUACUUCCUCACCUUUACGGCAUGAGUAUCCGAUAUCCUCUUCACAUCUGCACUCGUCCCCUGUAUCUGCUACUUCCCCCUUUUCUUCUCGCAUAUCCUCUACUACUGCUUAUGUUCAAUCAUGGUCGCCUCCUGCUAACCCCAAUUCUUUUUUACUGAACAUCGCCUUAUCUCAAUCCUACGUGCCAUCCUC